UUGUAGAGUCAUGGCGGAGCGGCGCUGCGCCUCAGUAGAUCAUUGGAGUUGAGGCGAUACUUCACGAUGGAUUCUCAAACUUGAAAUGCUCGAAAGCGCGUUCGAGUUACGGGCGCCGUCAGGCCACCUUCAAACCGUCUGAAACAGAGAACUGGCAACGAUGUGAGACCUCACGAAGCCGACGAAAAAGUCUCGCGAAAGUCUACACAAAUAUGGCUUCUUGCUUCUUUCAAUUUCGCGCUAAAAACUCUCUGACAGGAUUGUUUCCAGAGUUUUCUGUGGUUCUGUUGUAGUGGACGGGCCGGGCGCGAUGGAUCCGAAGCACAAAGAGUUGCUCGAGCAGUCCGAGCAGAAGUUGUCGGAGUCCGUCACAGAUGUGGAUCGGCUCCUGGAGCUGCUGGCCCAGUCCGGCAGUCUGAGCCCGGCCGAGCGCACCGAGCUGGACAAGAACUGCUCCAGCAGCGCCGACAAAGUCCAUCUGCUCCUCAAGAUGCUGGUGGAAAACAAGGAAAUCGAUCAUUUCCAGGAGCUAUGCUGGGCGCUGGAGAAAACUCAGCCGCUGCUGCUCAACUCUCUGCUGCCUGUGGACAACCACAACACGGGUUCCACGUACAGCGUCCUAUCAGCGAUGCCGUCUGACUCUGAGAGCAGCAGUUCCCUCAGCAGUGUCGGUGAGUCCACAUCCUCCCCUCCUCCUGCACACCUGGAAAAGCAUGUGAUGAGCGAGAAACUGGAGACGGUGAUUUUCCAACUCAGACAGGUGACACGUGAACGAGACGACCUGCGCAAAAGACUGGCCCUCUCCUCACCCGGCACCACCUUUGACGACUGCAGGCCUAGUGUGAAGUCGGGUCACGAUUACGAGCGCCUGAAGCUUCAGUGUAUGAAGGCCAUGUCGGAUCUACAGUCUCUUCAGAACCAGCACACCAAAACCCUGAAGAGAUGUGAGGAGGCUGUGAGAGACGCAGAUUACUACCAUACUCUGCACGGGCGUGUGGUUGGUGAACAGACUCAACUGCGAGACGAGAUGGGGGCCAUGAAGCAGAACUACUCGCAGCUCCUGCAACAGCACUCACAGCUGCAGCAAACCUGCGACGAGCUGCGCCGUAUCCAUGACAAUGACCAGAGAGAGGUGGUAGACAUGCGCCUGCAGCAGCAACAGGUCAUGCGGGAGAACGGCUCGUCGGACCUGCUCAAUAAACUCUAUGACACAACUUUAAACAAACUGGAGGGCAUAAAGAAAGAGUACGACACCCUGAGAAAGCGCUACAAUGAGAAGACGGCGAGUCAUAAUGCAGACCUGAGCCGUCUGGAGAAGACCGAGGAGGAGAACAGACGUCUGCAGAAACAGCUGGAUGUUCUGCUGAAACAAAGAGACUCUGCAUUGCAUUACCAGCAGCAGUACAGCAGCUCAACGAGGAGGUUUGAUAGUCUCCAGCAGGAGCUGAAUAAGAUUUCUGCUCAGAACGAUGAGCUUCAGAGGGAAAUGGAGUGUCUUCAGAUGGAGAGCACACGCUACAAGACCCUGCAGCUGAAGGCCGUGAAAGAUGCGGAUAAACUGAAGGAAGAGAGAGACUCCGUGUUAAACGAGUACAGACUGAUCAUGAGCGAGAGAGAUCAGGUCAUUAAAGAGGUGGAUAAACUACAGACGGGGCUGGACGCCGCAGAGGCCAAACUCAAGAACAGGUCCAGCGAGAGAAGUGUUGCUAGCGAAGAGAUUGAGGCGCUAAGACAGGAACUGAACUCUUCACUGCUGGAUCGGGACCGGGCAAUCCGUGAGAAGGCUGAACUGCUGGAGAAAUACUGUCACGAGGUGCAGGAUAAGGCUGAGACACAGAAGGAGCUGAGCCAGGCCUGUAAGGACAUAGAGAUGGUGCGAGAGGAGCGGGACGUGGCCCGUAAAGAGAGAACGGAAGCCAUUAUACAGAGAGACCAGCUCCUGAGAGAGUAUUACCAGGCCAGACAGAAGCAGGACAGUGCGACACUGGACAUGGAGCGUGUCAGUAAAGAGCUUGAGGUAUUGAGGAAGCAAUGUGAGGCCGUGUCUGAGGAGCUGCAGGAGGCCGUGCAGGAUGCAGAAGUGGCCAAAUGCCGCAGAGACUGGGCCUUCCAGGAAAGAGACAAGAUCGUGGCUGAACGAGAGAGUAUACGGACGUUGUGUGAUAACCUGCGGCGUGAGAGAGACAGAGCUGUGAGCGAUCUUGCUGAUGCGUUACGUAACCUUGAUGACCUGCGCAAACAGAAGAAUGAUGCAGUGAGAGAACUGAAAGAGCUCAAGGACUGUAUGGAGGAGCAGUUGGAGAAGGAGGCCCGGUUUCGUCAGUUGAUGGCACACAAUUCUCACGACUCUGCUAUAGAUACAGACUCUCUGGAGUGGGAAACCGAGACGGUGGAGUUUGAGAGAAGUACAGACGACUUGGAUUUGAGCGCUUUGGGGUUCGAUAUUGCGGAGGGAGUGAGCGACCCAUAUUUACCAGGAGAUUAUGGGAUAUUUGUGAGCAAGGUGGACAAAGGAAGCAUUGUGGAGGGCAGGUUAAGAGUGAAUGAUUGGUUGUUGAAGAUAAACGAUGUGGAUCUGGCCAAUAAGGACAGGAAGCAGGUGAUAAAGGCCGUGUUCAGUGGGGGCGGAGUCAUCAACAUGGUGGUGCGCAGGAGGAAGUCUCUAGGAGGACGUACGGUCACCUCCGUUCAUCUUACAAUGGCAGGUCUCAAAGAUUGUGGUGUUGGGUUGGAGAGUGGCGUGUUUGUAUCAUCUAUUUCUCCAGGCAGUCCUGCAGCCAAAGAUGGAUCUGUGUGUCCGGGGGAUCGGCUUCUCAAUAUAAAUGGAAUUUCACUUGAUAAUAAGUCAGUGAGUGAAUGUGAGAAUCUUCUGCGGAGCUGCAGAGAAUCUGUUUCUCUUUCCAUCCUAAAGUUCUUUCCUCAGAGUUUGUCAGGUCAGAGUAUCGCUGAGAGCCCACGUGACGGCGAGAGGAACUCCAAUGGGAAGUCGACAGACCAUCUGCAGCCCUACAGGAAACAGCCAAUCAGCAGCCACUCUCAGAAAGACAUGUACAGCCCCACCCGCGAUGCCGAGAGCGAGCGCGGCCAGCGUGUGGCGCUGUAUCGCCCGGAACCCUAUAAUGAGAUCUGCUGUCCACAUCCAAACUCUAAACGACCUUUGACCUUUCACACUGUUUCCCCCGGUGACCGUACCACAAUAGAGGUGGGUCAGGACUGGAGAUGUGUCCCACAGAAGCAAAGUGGCGGCACUUGGCCCAAAAUGAUGGCAAUUGCCAUGACGGCUGCCGAUAGCGUACCGCCGCUCUCUAUUUUUAAGACUCGAACGAAGCGGAAGUCGAUAUUUGACGCAGAUAUGUUUAAACGGCCAGAAACGCCAUCCAAACUGGACUAUGCCAAUUUGUCUCAAAUGUCCAAACAUUCCCCACAGAGCUCCUGGUCAGAGGGGGCACCACAAAUCCCACCCGAUCCACCAAAACGCAGCGAUUCUUUCAAAUUCAAACACAAAGCGCAGGGAAGCUCCGCCUCCGAUUCGACCAUCACCACAGGCUCUCCCCCAGCCACGCCUAUUCAGACCACACCCUGUCUCGGUCCCGGAGAUAAACCCGAUCAUGAUGCUGAAGGUAGGGACCACACUGGGAAUGUUCCUCGGGGACAGGGGUCUGGCGGUGGUGGACCGUUUAUGGAGGAGUUGUCUGGACCGAGUGCAGAUGAACUAGAGAUGAAGAGAGGAAGACCGAAAUCUGCACCCGCCCAGCGCCGCUGCCUCACUCCACUGAAGAUGCCCGUUCCACAGAGCAUCUCCCACGAUGAACAUUCUCCUGAGCCUGUGGAUCUGGUUCGCUUCUCCCCUUUCCGUUCAAAUCGUCACAGUACAGGCUUCUCACCUGCGCAACCACACGGCACUCCAAGAACUCUGUCUCCAUACCCUGCUGUCACUGCGGUGAUGAGAAACCCAGUGUACACAGCCUGGAGUCACUGUGUCAAAGCCACUAAUUCACCAGCUGCCCCAGGACACACAUACACACAAGUCAGUCCACAGCACCAGGGCCGCUGGAGUGUGGAUCUCAACCACAAACGUUCUGGUGAAUUCUUCGACAGUUCCCGUGGAUCAGCACAUAAUACCAACUCCCUGCCCUCCACCGCGAGAAAAGGUUUGUCUCGGUAUCAGGAACAGCGCAUUAAAAUCCCCACCACGCCUCGCUAUGCCCGGUCCGUUCAGGGCUCAGACAGAGGAUCUCUAUCUCACUCCGACUGCAGCAGCCCCAGUCUUGCAACUCCGCCCCUCUCUCCUCUGGACGCCGCCUCCUUCACCGGCAGCCAAUCACAGGGCUCCAUCUCCAUUCAGACCAGGCUGUCAGUCAGCCCCGUGCCUUUAGGAGACAGGAGAAGAGACAGGCCGUACAUAGAGGAGCCACGGUGUGUCACCAUCCCCAAAGGGGCAGAACCUCUGGGCAUUUCCAUUGUGGGUGGGGAGAAUGGAGGCAUUUUUGUUUCUAAGGUAACAGGGGGCAGCAUUGCUCAACAGCACCACCUGGAGUUUGGAGAUCAGCUUCUCGAGUUUAAUGGUAUUAAUCUGAGGAACGCCACAGAGCAGCAGGCGAGACUCAUCAUAGGCCAGCAGUGUGACAUCAUCACUAUACUGGCACAAUACAACCCGCACAUGUACCAACUGGGCAAUCACUCUCGCUCGAGCUCCCGUAUGGAAUCGUCCAUAAGCUCUCACUCGACACCCGGAACACCCGACACGCACUCCAGCAUAGAUGCGCUCAGUGAACAUGACGAAGGCAUCAUGCUCCCACCCUCCAAACUGGCCAAACCCACAUCCAGUCCUCACAUUGUCGUCAGAGACCGGAGUGAGGCCGGGAAACAGGCGGAGCCGAGGCAGGUGGUGUUGAGGAAGACACAGGUGGAUCUGGGCUUGAAGCUCUGUGGUGGAAACCUGACAGGGGUUUUCGUGGAGAGUCUGGAGGAGGACAGUCCUGCUGGAGGAGCUGCUGGUCUUCAGCCUGGAGACAUCAUACUGGAGUGUAACUCCGUAAGUGUAAAGAAUAAAACCGCCGAGGAGGUUUAUCUAGAGAUCCUGAAACCAGCAGAGACCAUCACCCUCAGAGUCCAGAACCGACUCGAACACUUCAGGAGGAUUAAAGACACACCUGGAGAUGGAUUCUACAUCAGGGCAUUGUUUGACCAUGUUGGUGAGUUGGAGCACGAGUUGACAUUUAAGAAGGAUGAUAUUCUCUACGUGGACGACACACUGCCCAUGGGAAAUUUCGGCUACUGGUUGGCAUGGCAACUGGACGAGAAUGCUCAGAAACUGGUGCAAGGUCACGUGCCCAGCAAGUGCAUGAUUGACCAAGACUCACAACGCCGAUUCAGCGUCACCGACAGCAAAGAUGACAGCGGUUCUGGUAAAGCACUAUCGGCCGUGGCACGUCGGUCGUUCUUUCGGCGUAAACUCAAACACAAGCGCAACAGCUCCAAAGACGGCCGCGAUGCCCCUGCGGCCGACGCCAUCAGCACAGAUUCCAUGCCGUACAUGGAGGAUUGUUUAAGCGUGGCCUAUCAGCGUGUGCAGAAAGUGGAAUCGACCAAUCGCAGGCCGGUGUUGAUAUUGGGGCCUCUUGUGGAGCCAGUCAAAGACAUGCUGCUCAGAGAGGCUCCUGGGAAGUACUGCCGCUGUUUACCGGAGGGAAUGAAGGCGACCCAGCAGGCCAUUGAGCGAGGGGUAAAAGACUGUCUCUUCAUCGAUUACAAGCGGCGGAGCGGACACUUUGAUGUGACCACAGUAGCGUCCGUUAAGGAAAUGACAGAUAAGGACUGUCACUGUCUGCUUGACAUCGCACCACAUGCCAUUGAGCGCCUGCACGUCGUCAACAUUUACCCCAUCGUCAUUUUCAUACGAUACAAAAAUGCUAAGCAGAUCAAGGAGCAGAAAGAUCCCGUCUAUCUGCGAGAUAAAGUGUCACAAAAACAUUCCAAAGAGCAGUUCGACUCCGCGCAGAGGAUCGAACAAGACUACAGCAAAUACUUCACAGGUGUCGUCCAGGGUGGAAGUCUGUCCAGCAUAUGCACACAAGUUAUGGCCAUAGUGGACCAGGAACAGAACAAAGUUCUCUGGAUUCCCGACGGAACCACGUGAAUAAACAUACAGCUUCAGAACGGUCCACCACUAUUAAAGCAACACAUUCACCUGCAAACUUACAACACAGACACUCCUCCGCUGUAAACAACAGCUCUGAAACACUACAACACAACUAUGGCUGGGCGAUAUAUCGAAUAUUCAUGAUAUAGAUACACAAUGAUUGGCUGGCGAUGAAAAAUGUCGAAAACAUUGUGAAUAUCGCAAUGAUCGUCAUGCGCUUUUUAUCUGGCCACGAUCUUCCGGAAGACGCCAGACGAGUUCCGUGAUCCUUCCUUGAGCGUCGUGAUGCUUUAAUAAUAUCUCACUUAUUUCACUUACAAACUUAUUUAACCAAGUCGGUCCAGAAUCAGCUUUUGAGUUUUUAUCAUAUACGUUUUUAGUUGUUUUUAUACGUUAGAUUCCGAUAUGAAAAUCACAAAUGAAGAUACCUAGAAGAGUAUCUCUGCUCUGUAGGUCCAUACUAUGCGAGUGAAUAGUGACCAGAACUUUUAUGCUGCCUUUAUGUGCUUUGUGGAGCUUCAAAGUAACCCAUUAGACUCAAGGGGUUAAUCCAUGUCUUCUGAAGGGAUUUGAUAGCUGUGGGUGAGAAACGGAUACAUUUACAAGUCAUUUUUUUACUAUACAUUCUCCUCCUUGACCAGCAGGUGGCGAUAUGCAUGACGAAUGUGACUUGCCAAAAAUAAAAGUAGAGAUGUAUAAUAAACAAGGGCCGAUCUAUCUCACCAAUACCUAUCAUAUCUCUUCAGAAGACCUGGAUUAAACCACUUAAGUCUUAUGGAUUACUUUUAUGCUGCUUUUAUGUGCUUUUUAGAGCUUCAAAGUUCUGGCUACCGUUCACGUGCAUUGUAUGGACCUACAGAGCUGAAAUAUUCUUCUAAAAAUUUAAUUUUGGGGUGAACUAUCCCUUUAAGUAGCAAACAUGUUGAUUCAUUUCUGUGAAUCAGCUCAACUGAAUCAGUUCUGAAUUAUUAAUCAAUUCAUGAGUGAUACAAUGAUUUGUUUGCAUCAUCACUUAAAUACUGUAUGUUCACAUAGUGUGGGGCAUUUUUCAUGUAUUCAAAUGUUGAGAAAAAUAUAUAUAUAUAUAUAUAUAUAUCAGUAAAUAUUGCUCUUUUUACUUGUAUUAUAUUGGAGCAUAUGAAUGAAAAUAUUUAAAGGAGAUCUAUUAUGCCCCUUUUUACAAGAUAAGUCUCAGGUGUCCCCAGAAUGUGUCUGUGACGUUUCCGCUCAAAAUACUCCACGGAUCAUUUAUUACACCAUGUUAUAAAUGCUUCUUUUUGGGUGGAAUCAAAAACACGCUGAUUUCGUGCAUGUCUCUUUAAAUGCAAAUGAGCUGCUGCUCCCCUCCCCCGACAUAGUUCUGGUCUCCGUGACUACAAUCAGAGACGGUGACUUUAGCUGCAUUAGCCGUGGAAUCGGCUAACAAGCACUGUCGGAAAGGUGAUUUGCAAACAUUCACACAAUAUAAAGUGCUUUAUAUUGACACUCAGUCACAAACAGUCCGGUGUAAAAUGAUUUGCACAAACAAACACAUUUUUAUAUGUUUUGUGGCACAUUUCCUUCAAGAACAAAACUUGUCCACUGUGUCUUCAGCGGCUCUGAUGUCGGGAGUACAUGAAGACUCUUAUGUUCAUUAUUCUUCUCACUGUAUCUGCUCCAGGACUGUGUGUACAUCACUCAGGGGAGGAGCUAUGAUAGUAGGGCGGAGUCAGUCACCAGUCGUGGGCGUGGCCUGCUCUAACGUGACGUCACUUUAGAGCAGAAAGGAAAAGAGUUCAUUUUGACACUGUUAUUUGAUGAAUAGAAAUAUAAGAAAGAAUUUUAACAUUAUAGGGUGGGUUGUGUACACACACGGCCGACUCACAUUUAUAUACAAACACCAUGUAAAAGUGAAUUUGGCAUAAUAGGUCUCCUUUAAAUUGAACUUUCUUGAGUUAAUUUAGUGAAAAACAUGCCUUGAUUAUUUGUAACUACCGAUAGGUUUUUUGUUUGACCAUAUUUUACAUUAAACGCUUUGAAUAUACAGUAUGUGGUUGAAUAUACAGUGGUUUAAAUGAUGGUUUCACUGCUUUUAAAAAGGAUUUAUUCUGUGUGAACUCAACCAGAAGUCCCCGCCUUAAAAAUUAUUAAUUGAUUUUUUUUUACUGGUGAAAUAAAUGACGAUGAAAGGCAAAUCAUUUAUGUUUAGGGGGGUCAAAAUGAUCAUUUCUGCAGAUUAUUAUCAUUAUUUUUUUUUACAUAAUUUCAUUCAGACUUUUGUGUUGUUGCACAAGAAAAACUAGCUUCAUACUACGAGUCCAACGGUUAGUUUUCGCCCAUUGAAAAAGGGUUAAAAUUUACACGCAGAGCCACAUUGAGAGCUUCAUAUCUCUGGGAUUUAACCAUAUAGGGCCUUAAAAAUGGGGAUACUAAAAGAAAAGUUUGUUCUGAAACAGACUUUUAAAGGAUAUUCAGAUAUCUUUAAUACUUCUGGAGUUAUGGGCACUCCAACUUUGGAAAAAUGACACAAAAAUAGUGUUUUUUCCCAUAUUUGGAGUCACACCAUUGACAUAUAAUGCAACAAGAGGUGCUGAAGUCAACUGAGUUUAAUAAGAGAUCUUCAUAUCUGUGUGUAAACAUAAAAUCAGGACUCUGACACCUCUCUAAGGUUAUUUUUUAGACCUGUAGUUUUGGUGAAAAUGAUCAUUUUGGCCUCCGUCCACAAAAUAAUGGAUUACUCCAUAAAUAUUAAAACCAAAAUCAUUUGUGUUCAUCUUUGUUCAGAAAAAGUAUUAAUGGAAAAAAAAUUUUUUAGCUUUGGACGUUCCUGAAAUCUGGUUUAUUUGACGUUGAAUAACCCCCAAAAUCAUCCUUUAAAACCAUUUCGGAGCAAAUGCAUAAAUAUUGUCAGAUAUAUAUAUAUUGCAUAUCAUAUCAAGGCUGAAGAAAUGUCGCUAUAUUACCCAGCCCCGAACACAACACACGUGACCUCUCAGCAGCGGUCAGCAUGUCCGUAUGCAACGUGACCGAAAAAGCAAUAUCUCCCGAUCACUGUUUGAUUUGCUUUCUCUGUGGUAACACUAAUUUAAGAGGACUUUUCUGUAGUUUCUCAUGUUUACAGGACUGAUGUUUAUGAAGCAGCUUACUUGAAUGUUUAACUUCAUGUAUCUGAUCCAAUCAGAGCACACUAAACCAAGUCAUCGGUGCAUGGAGGUUAACAAACGAUUACGCUUAUUACCUGUUCGCUGUGUGGAAAGGUACGUUCAUCCUAAAAUGAAACUUCUGUCAUCAUUUACUCGCAAAAGAGAUAUUAGGUAGAAUGAACGAGCAGUGUGGACGCUCUUGUGUUGCAUGGCAGACAGACAGUCAUACGGGUUUGACGUGAGGGCGAGUAAAUGACCGUUUUCGGGAGGUGAACUGUGCCUUUAAGCUUUAAUGUAGCAGUUCUUUUGAUUUAUUUUGUUUUUUUCCCCUUUACAUAUACUUUGUUAUUUAAAUGCUAUCUGCUGCAUGAUCAUUUUACUAUAUGCUCGGAUUAUUUUUUACUGUCAAUGUAAUGUUUCAUUUUUAACUCUAAUUUAAAUGUAUUUGGGAGUUUACGUAUUAGGCAGCGCUAAAUACUUUUUCUUAAUCUCAUCUCCUUUUCACAAAAACAAGUGUGCCAAAUCAUUUCCUCUGCUUUGACUGUAUUAUGCACUUCUACUUUAUUCAUUCAUUAAUCUUCAUUCAGGACCUGCACAUGUAAAACACAGCCAUCAUGCUUCCCAUGGGUCGCAUACUGUGACGUCACUUCCUGUUCUGUCCAAUGACACCUGUCACCUCUCUCAAUGUUCCACUCAACAGGGAAAAUAUUAAAUGACAGCCUUGUAACUGCCAAUAAUGAUGCUGGUGUUGAAGUAGAGCAGAUAAUUACUGAAUAAUUCUGAGUUUGUAGCUUAAAAUAUUUACAAUUCCACUCAUGUAUGACUUUAAUAGUAGUUGUGUUAUAUAACACCCUGGUACUGUCACAUUAAAGAACUCUGAGAAAAUAAAUAUGAUUUUGUAAUUGUUGCAUUAAUAAAGACUAAA